CUCUUUAUCUUCGGUCACUACGAAGUUUAUACUUGUGAAGAGUCUAGGUCAAGGUCGUGUCAGAGAUCUGUUUCGAGAAGUAGAGUAGAUCCUCCAGCAGAGAUCUAGUACUACAAAUGAGCAAUUCUCAAUGACUAAUACACUCAUUCCUCAAGCGAAAUUACUUACUUUUACUUUUUUACUCAUUUUUUUUCUUUGCUAAAUAUGCGAUAAGAUAGAUUGUAAUUCAUCUCGAUUAUCUCACGCAUUACUACCUCCAGAUAAGCAAGUUAUUUUCCAUAUCUCCAGCGCGAUGUCGUCUUCAUCUGCGUUACCUGGCGAUGCCUCCUCUGUUUUUGACGUGCUCUCCGGUGAAGCGGUCAAUGGCGAUGUUAUUCAAGUCCUGACAGCGAUUUCCAAAUCCGUUGUCGAUAUUGUUAAGUCUUCGACAUUGUUGUAUCUAGGUCGUGUUGUAUUUUUUCACUGACUUGAGCUUGACUGAACAAAAACAAACUGUACCAACUAGAUAUGAUAAUUUUGACGUGAGGGAUUUGAACCUCAAGGUAGAAGACUUGUUUCAAUUCUUGGUGUUUGAUACUGAGAACUGAGGCAGGAGUACAAGUUGUUGUCUAAAUGUGUCAACUUUUGGUAAAAGUGUUAGUGUGCCUUCUAACCAUCGUGUGGCGCUCAGAGAAGGAGCGUCAGGGUUCAAGGCGGAAGCAGUCGGAACAGCGAAUAGUUUCGGAGAUGAUCAGUUGGCUGUUGAUUUAGCGAGCGAUCAGGCUGUGUUUAUGACGCUAAAAUUUAAAGAAACGUAUUUCUGAUUGAAGAUACAAUUGGUUGCAUAGGUAUUCGAAUUUUUUUAGAGCUCCUUCCUCUAAUUUUUCUUGAAACGCGUCCUAAAAGCAUGCUGGCCUUUUCACACGGCCUGAGGAUGUUUUUCAUGAUGACGUUUGAACCUAGAGAAGGAAAUUACAGCCGUUCUUCGGGUGUGGGUUUUUAAAGUUCGGAAAAUGAAACUACGGUCUUUCAUCUUCAUUCAUCUGUGGAUACUGAGUCUUCGGUACCUUGCUCUGCAUCUAAUCUUUCCUUACUUCUGCAUCUAAUUUUUUUGCGAGGCUGAAAGCGUCUGGCCUUGUCGCAGUUGCCAGCAGCGAGGAAACACCGGAGGAAGUCAAUUUAGGAGGUACUAUAUUGCGCAGCUGCACCAGCAUGAGCAUCAUAGAUGAAGUUCAAGUUAUUAAGUGAAACUACCACAACUACAUUCGUGGAGGACCAAGGAGUGCCAGAGUACGUAUUAACUAAACGACGUUUACGUUUAGUUGUGACUACAAGCGUGGCGAACAAGGAGCAGUUGGAUGUUUUUACAGACCCCUUUACUUACACCGACACUAAAGGUACCGGAUUUUCGGUAGCCUUCGAUCCUCUAGACGGGUCCAGCAUAGUCGAUGCGAAUUUCACAGUGGGCUCAAUAUUCGGAGUGUGGCCAGGAGCAACUCUGAAUUAUGCAGCCUCGUCCUCUUGUUCACUGAAUCAGUAGUUCUUGAGAUUGACUACAAGUGUGUUGUAAAUGCAUAUUAGAAAAAAGAGACUAUUAGUUAUAGUUGUAUAAUUAAGCUCAUACAGUAUUGUCGAUCUCCUUCAGUGCCCUGCGCGACAGGAAGGGAAGCACGACAAGCGGCAACCUUGUCGUUGUGUCCCUCUCUUCAUCUUCUAAUACAUGGGUGUCCGAGGAAACGAGCAAGUUGCAGCUGUAAUGGCCAUGUAUGGACCGAGGAUCACGAUGGCCGUUGCUUGGAGAGGUGGUACUUUUUGUCUACUAAAAUUAUAGGCAAAUAGCCAUCUUCCUUUAUGUCCUUUCUUGUGUAGUUCUGGGAAGUCGUUCGUGUGAUUCCUUAGAGAGGCAUUUAGAUUUAUUUUGCUUUUCGAAUUCAAUACACAAAGAACAAAGCCAGUCGUUGUCAUGAUCAUCCAUGUUCCUUGGCUGUCCACCCUUUUCUUACCGAGCUCACCGCACAGGGUGCGUCGAAUUGACAUGGAUCAAGGGUGAGUGGAUGAAGACAAAGGAACUGAAAAUAGCGCCCAGCGGGAAAGUGUUCGCGCCAGGGAACCUUCGAGCAACGGCCGACGCUCCAGCGUACAUGGCAUUAUUAAGGCUAUAAAAAUUCACUAUCACUAAUUACUGCCCCACAGAAUUCACGCCCCAGCUAACGAUCGAAACACCUCAACUACCCCAUGACCAUUUUCAAGUCAAAACCACGAUCAGACUUUUUCGCGGUUUUUCAGCAGUUACAUGGAUAACAGAGUAGUUUAUAGCACGCAUGGUGCAUGGAGUGCAUGGAGUAGCAUGGACUGCAUGGAGCGCAGAGCUUUAAGGGGCGCAAGAAGCUCCCCCUUUAGCUCCAUGCUAUUCCAUGUGAUCCAUGCACUCCAUGCCAUGCGAGCUGUGAAACCUUAUAAAUUGCUCUGGGAUAACUAUAACCUCCUAGGACGAGUCAUGUUGCCCCCUCGGAUCGGAUACUUUUAAAGAUGUACUUAACAAGACGAGCUCUAACGAGGGUACAAGAGUGGAUUGCUCAGCGGUAUACUCUGCGGUACACUGGAGGAAUGGUGCCUGAUGUCUACCACAUAUUGUUCAAAGGAAAGGGAGUUUUCAGCAACUGCAGUUCGGCCGGGGCAAAAGCGAAGCUAAGGUACUUCUCUUCUACUUCUUCUUCUUGAGUGCACGUGAGGACGUUAUUUUCGAUUUGUUCACUGAGGCGGGUGCGGGUAAGUAAGUAAUACAUAGUUAGUUUAGUAUGUUCGUAGUUGGAGGCAAGUAAUACAACGUAGUAUGUGAGGCCCGCAAGAAGUUUGAUUUUUUUCAUAUUAGGGAAGGAAUGUACGAAGAUAGAUCACACACCUUUUUUUUCUGGUAGAUUUAGCUCCACUGACAAUUACCAAUACAAUAAAUAUAGCUCGUCCUUCUAUCAAUGAUGUGCAAUGUAUUCCAUUACUGAUCCCCAAGAACCAACAAGAAUGAUAUAUGAUGAUGACUUGUUUUCCUUUUUUUCAGGCUGCUCUACGAGUGUGCGCCGAUUGCGUUUAUAGUCGAGGCAGCCGGAGGCAAAAGUCUGGUCGAUCCGAUGUUUGCUUCGGCACCGCAGAGCGUCCUGGACGUUGCGGUGGCCGCCUUGGAUCAGAGGAUAGGAGUUGCCUAUGGAAGCUCAGCAGAAAUUGAGCUCUUUCAGACGCAUAUGUUUCCCUGCCCAAACUAAUCACCCGUUGUGACGCACCAACGGCCGCAGCACCCUCCAUAUUAUAAUAUUUAUGUUGAGGACAAUGAAAAUGAAUUGGUAUUAGUAUUUCAUGAAUAGGUAUAAGGUUUUAUGUUAUUAAUAUGUGCGCCUCAACGUCGUCCACGCAAACGGACGGAAACAUUGUAGAC